AUGCAGUCUACCCAACCCAAUUUCUCCCCCUCGACCUCUUACCAUCAUGAAUCCUCAGCGGACUUCAGUUUCGCAAUUUCUCCACGUGCACAAAAGGACGCCCUUUGGUAUACUCCCCAAGACGAUGCCUCUCCAUUGUCGCUACCCUCAGGUUCACUCAGCAUCCAUAACUCUUCAAUGGACAAUCUAAGCGAAAGCUUGUCUCCGAUAUCCCCGUACACCGAUUUCGAUUCCCCGCACUUAAAUUUGGAAUCCUUGACGAUCGCUGGUACCUCGCCCCCAGUAGUCCAAGGCAUCCUUGAUCCCCUUGAUCUCGACCUGCAUUUGGAGUUCCCAAAUAACUCCAUCCCCACCAAUUCUCCGAUCAUUACUGUUUCCCAACCGUAUGAGUAUGAGUACGAGGAGAAGGUCGCCACCGACCUAAACUUCCCGUCGCCGUUUGAUUAUCUUGAUGAUACCGAGGAUUCGGCGCUUUUUGGUGCAACAAUCCCCAUGAAUCGACCGCUCAGUGGCUUUGCUCUGCGCUCAGCUACGGAAUCAAAUUUGACAGCACUUGUCGCCCACCUCGAGCCCCCUGCUCGAAGAGCAAGCCACAGCAUCGAGCGGCCUCGUCGGCCCUUCCAGCUGACCCAUAGUCCAACGUUCUCAUCACCCUCUGUGGCUUCGACAAGCACCCUCAGUCCCGCCCUGUCAGUGCCCGCGCUGGAGCCCCAGCCCAUCUCUCCGAGCCCUGAGCUCAAGACCAAGGACAUCGUUGCCACUGCGGCAAAUAUCCAAGCAUCAAAGAUGCGCCGGAAAAACCCCGCUCGCUUCAGUUGCGAAUUUAAUGACAUUUGCCAGCAGACUUUCACUGCGAAACACAAUCUCAACAACCACAUGAGAGCCCACACUGGUGCGCGCCCACAUAAGUGUCCAAUGUGUACAUACGCUGCCCGUACCUUGGAUGUCAUUAAGCGGCAUCGGAAGAGUUGUGGUAAUAAGAAAGAUCGCAAACCAAGGUCCUCCUUCUCUCGAAAAGGCAAGUUGGCGGCCGACGAAUAA